AUGGAUGAGCGUAUAAAGAAAGCACUCAACGAUCUGGACAGUGCCACAGUUUUAAAUCAAUUACCAAUUUUAUCAAACGAAUUAAUUUUAAAAAAUAACCUCAUAAACGAAAACAAAAAUAAUAUAAUCCUCGCAUCUGAUAAUAAUAAUAGUAAAAACAAUAAUAAUAGCAAUAAUAGCAAUACCGGUAAUGAUAAUAAUAAUAAUAAUAAUAACAAUAGUAUUUCAUUUACCGAUAGUGAUUUAGCUUCAUCUACCUCAUUGCUUUAUUCAUCAUAUAGACCAUGGAAUAAUACAGAUUACUAUAAUAGAGUUAGAACAUACACAAUUUCAAAUUGGUUUGCUAAACCGACCGAAAUAGAUCCAUUGCAAUGUUCAAGAUUUGGUUGGAUCAAUUGUGAACCUGAUAUGUUGGAAUGUGAAACUUGUAAAAAAAGGUUAUAUUUUAAAGUUCCACCAAAUUUAAAUAAAACUUUAGUAACAAAAAGAAUUCAAGAGUUUUUAAAAAGUUUACAAUCUGAUGGACAUAGGGAUAAUUGUCCAUGGCGAGAUAAUAAUGGUUGCCCAUCAUUCUUUUCAAGACUUUUAGAUAUACCAUUUCAAACUCAAUUGGAUGCCUUCAUUAAAAGAUCUCAAAAUAUAUACAAUAAUAUAGAUAAAUUACCAUUAUUAUCUGAUGAAUUUCAUAAACAAUGGAAUGAAAAACAAAAACUUGAAAGAGACAAUAUUUUAAAUUCAAUUAUUAAAAUCUCAAAUUUACCAAUCGAUGAUAUAAAAUCAAAAACAUCAUGUCUUUUAGCUUUAUGUGGUUGGGAUUUUAAUUUAUCAACUUUAUCACCAACAUCAUCACCAAUUUCAAACAAUAAUAAUGGUUCAAAAGAGAAAACUGAAAGUAGUAUUUAUUGUUCAUAUUGUCAAAGAGUUUGUGGUAUUUGGAAUUUUAUAGAGAAUAAAAGUAAAACCAAUCCAUUUUUUGAAGAACCAAAUACAAAUACAUCGAGUGGUGUUUUCAGUAGCAGCAUUGUAGGAAGUAAAAGGAAGAGAGGUGAUGAUGAAGAAGAAAAGCAAAAUAUACAGUUUGAAAGAGCAUUAGCACAAUCAUUUAGUUUUAAUAGUAAUAACGAUACACCAAAAAAGAGUACAUUUGUUUCAGCAUUUUCAGGUAGUUUUCAAACAUCUUUUGGCAAUAUAUAUCAAAACGACAGCAAUAGCAAUAAAAACAAUAAUACGGGGGUAGAGAGUAACAACAACACUAAAAAUAGUGGUUGGAGUUGGGGUGAGUCAUUUUUAAAUUCUCAACCAACCGAUUUCAAACAUGCACUUGAAUCCAAAGCAAAAUCGAAAACUGAAUUUUCACCAGUCAAAGAGCAUAGAUGGUUUUGUCCAUGGAUGUUGGUAAAUCAAAAUAAUAAUAAUAACAAUAAUAGCAAUAACAAUAUAGAUGAUGAUAAAAAUGAAAGUAACUAUUAUAAUAAAAAAGAAAUUAACAUUGAAAAGGAAAUAGAGUUUGAAAAAGAAAUACAAUCAAAAAAUAAUAAUAAUAAUAAUAAUAAUACCAAUAGUUUAAUUUCUGGGUGGGAAAAUUUAUUAAAGUUGUUAUUAAACCAAUCAACAUACGAAAGAAAAGAUUUAGAAUUUAAAGAAACUAAAUAUCACUCAAUUAUAAAAUCAUUAACAUCAACAGAUAAAUAACUAGACAAUAAAUUAAAUUAAAUUUUUCUUUAUAAACAAU